AUGCGUCAGCAAAUCGAUUCCUUGGAUGAUCGCAAGUUCGAACCCAAGCCGCAUUUGUUCAUAAACUUAACUGGAGGUAUUUAUCUUCUUUUAAUAGCUGAAUCCUUUGCUUUCUACUUAUCACGCUUACUUGGUAUGGACAUGGUUCCAGAGGUAGUGAUUUCAAAUAUAUCUUCACCAUUGUGGAAAGGAACUGAUUUUAUCAAACUAGGCUGGCGAGAACAUGACUUAGUUGCAAUUAUGAGGUGGCUCCAUGAAACAAGUCACAAGGUAUUCAUGCCUUCGGUCAUAAAAGAUGCUGUUACAUCAGGGAAGCCAGUGAACAGUGAUGUAGUUUAUAAUACAAAUACGCUUAGAAGCAAAACUUCCAUAUCGGAGCUUAUUCAGUGGGGUACAAUGAUCAUUUUGUUGAAGAAAUACAGAAUUGGCGAUGGAAACCGAUUUCUUAAUAGAAAUGCACAUAAAACCCUUAUGUCAUCGAAUGGCAAAAUAUGGUUAAUUGAUAAUGAAUCUGCAUUUUUUCAUAAAGAUCCUCAAAGUUAUUUCACUUCAUUAAAUAGAGAAAUGCUUAGAACCAUGUGUAUUUUUCAAUCAUUUCUUGUUACUAACUUAAUAAAACUUUCAAAACACCCGUCAGCUUUCCAUCAUGUAUGGAAAUAUGCCAUUACAUUCGAACCAUUAUUAGUUACUUUUGAGAAAAACAUUUAUUUCAAUCUAUCCGCUAUAUCAUUCAACAAUCGACUAGAUGAAACAAUUGAGUGGAUAAAUCGCUGCAAGUUUUCGAGCACACUGAAGUGAUGUUAUGCAGGCAUGGAGGUAUUUGAAUAAAUGUUGUACGAUUUAAGUAGCUUCGAAUUUGGUUUAGUUAUAUUUUGUUUAGCAAAUUCACAAGCAUGUAACAUUUGACAUUAGAAAUAUGGGUUGGAAAACAAGCUUAAUGAUCUGGAAGCAUUUUUAUGCA